UUCCAGAUACAAUACAAGCAAAAGUUGUAACGCUGGUACUCCAGAACGCUACGCGCUUAUCUCGAUACUCUAUCGUGGAAUUUGUCUUAAUGUGAAAAAGGGUUACCAAUUCAUAACUAUAAUACAAGUAUAUUAGUGACCAUGGGGAGCAAGGUUAUACAGAGCGGAGGUGACGACGUAUCGGCAAUUAUAGUUGACCCUGGGUUUGACACGCUGCGUAUUGGCAACUGCCAAGAGGACUUCCCUAGAGAGUACAUUCCAAGUGCAUUAUGUAGAGAUGUUUGGCAAAAUGAGUAUCUCAAUUGGAUGCCCCUAAACCGUGUAAGACCACCGUCCUUUGUCGAGAUGCGUCGGUUGUUACAGUACAAUCGCGAUGAAAAUUUGGAAGUUGAGCCAUUCGUAUUCGAGAAGCUGAUCAGGCUAGGUGUGGAAGGAGCUGUUCGUGAGGUUUUACCAGAUGGUUGUUCGUCCACCAUACAAUUGUUGGAGAAUGAUGAUUUCAUGGCAACCAAGGUGGGUGGCCUGGGCCUGGAUGUUACGCAACACCCUAUGAUGGUCACUGAGCCUACUGCUGAAUGCAAGCAGUUCCGCGACUGCACCCUCGAGAUUUUAUUUGAACAGUUGGAUGUACCCGCUGCGUACUUAGCCAAGAGGGCAACGCUAUCGGCAUUUUCAGUGGGUAGACAAUCUGCAAUGGUCGUAGAUAUAGGCGCUGGCGGCAGUAUUGCGUCGCCUGUUCAUGAGGGUAUAUCGCUACAGUCGACAAUACAGACGUCAAUGGUUGGUGGUAACGCAUUGGAUAUGGAAUUGUGUGAUAUAUUGUACAAGCGUGGGCAUGAAUUUUUCAAACCGGGGAAUAGCCUCGCACAUAAUUACCAUCGGCAGUGCGUUGCACGUGAAAUAAGAGAGAGUUCAUCGUCAAUGUUACCAACGGAUACAUCACUGUCAUACAAACUACCUGACGGUGAUGUCAUUAAAAUAGACGAAAAAAUAUGUGAAGUGCCGAAACACCUGUUUGCGCCCGAAACGGCAUCCGUCGCAGAAUUUAACAACUUCAAAGGGAUACAUCAGAUGAUUGCGGACUCAAUGUUCGAUACUGAUGUUGACAUACGCCGCGAGCUACUGUCAUCCAUAGUGGUAGUAGGAGGUGUGACUCUGACGCCUGGAUUCGUGGACGUUCUAAAUAAAUAUGUAUCCGAAGGAAUAAUAGGCAAGUGUAACAAGUUCAAAAUAGUUCACUCGUCGUCAUACAGUGAAUGCCGCUACUCUACAUGGUUGGGAGCCUCUAUUCUGGCGUCACUAGGACGUUUCCAACAACUGUGGAUCUCCAAAGGAGAGUAUCGUGAGCACGGUACCACCAUUGCAUACCGUCGGUGCCACUAAAUCGAUUGGGCGUAUAUUAGCUCCACCCUUGGUGUCAACACUGUGG